CCAAUAGGUAGCACAAAAAUACGAAAAACUAUAUACUAAAGUCGCGUUCAAGCAACCACGUUUUAACGCUCGUUUCUACUCGGCUGUGGGUUGAAUUUCCCGUUUCGUCUGCUGGAUUUAUUUAAAUAGUACCCAAGUAAUCAAGCGCAGGCAAGUGCCCAAAGCAAGUACCAUUUUGCCAAAAAAGCUCCGCUUUGCUGUUUCCUCUGGUCGCUUGGAAGUGCUGAAAUGACGUCAAGGCUUUCGUUCAGAAUAGUCUAGUGGGUUAUUGGUUUCUUCAGUUCUUCAACAUUCUCUAGAUUCAAGACGGCUGUCUUGUCAGUCGUGCUCGUGAACAUGGCGAGAGUUGGGUACUCGCUGUGCGGUUCUUUUUGUUUGUGCGUUUGUGUUUUAGUGCUUGUUGGGAUUUGCCAGGCUCAUAAAGCGGAUCAUGAUAGAUAUAGAUAUGACACCGAACCGAUGCAUCACAGGACAGAACAUUCAAUAUUUAUCGAACUGCUCGAAAACGACGAAUUGCAUAAACAGCAAAAGAGAGAUGUGGAAAGUCGAGUGGCCUCCAGCCUGCCCAUAUCUGGGAAUAUAACCGAGAGGGUAAUACCUUUGUAUCGUCCGAGCCAAUGGAGAUGGAGGCGUGGGGAAGCCAGAUAUACAGCAGCUACCAUUCACAUGUGAUAACAAUCAUCCCCUAAACUAGAUAAGAAUACCUCAAAUCGUUCAUUAAUUAAAUCGUAAGAUAUUCGUUUAAGGAUAAAUGAGCAGGGAAUCAAUUUUAAAUUAACACUUUGGAUUUUAUGCGAUGUUUUCUGGUGUUGCCUCAGGAAUUCAACUGACAAACUAUGUGCGUAACAUUGAAGAUUUUAGGAUGUUUAAAAUUUGAACCAAGCCAAUGAAGGUUUUUAAGAGAGUCUGUAUGUAUUUUGGUAUUAAUACCAGUCCAGUUACCACGCAUUUGUAAAGAAUGCCUCUAGGACACAAGAGCGGCUACAAGAGCAGUUCUUAUAUUAAAAAACAUAUUUUUGCUUUUUUCACAGGACAGAAAAAAUGUAAGAUUUUAAUAAUUAUUUACUUUUUACUCGAGAAAACCACAUCUUAAAAAGAUCAGUUUAAAAGUCUGAAAUAAUAUAUUUUUAGAUUAUGUACACUGUGAUAAGUAUUUUUAUAUUGCGUCCAAAAUUCAAAGACAUUUUAACUGCCUGUUAGAAAUACGUGCAAUGAUGUCCAUUGCAAUCUAGAAUCCGUGUAAUUAUUACAUUGUUUAAUAUUUACCAAAUAGUUUAGUGUACUUCGUGUAUAUGAUUAGCAGCUUUUCGUGCGAAACUAAACUAGUUUCAAUUAUACGUAAUGUUCAGUUUAUAGUUGUGAACUUUGGGUUGUAAAAUUGCACAGGCAAUAUUUUGUUAAUGUGCCUCACACUGCUAGGCGAGUGGUGUAAUCAAAUUUGCGUAUAUUUUUAUGUUAAUGUUAGUAAGGAACUUUGUGACAUAGUUAGUUUUUAAUAUUGUCAAUUUAAGCAAUAAGCGAGCAGCUAAUCAUCGAUUUCUUAACAAUAAGUAAACCGAUUUUUACAGUUA